CGAAACCAGGCUAUAAAAGCCAUUUUAUCCGCAUGUUGGUUCAUGCAGUUGGAAGUGUUUGAAACUUUUGGUGUGGAUUUUGAAGUUUUGAUUUUUUGCCCUUUUUGAGUUAAGAUUCUCGUUUCGCAGUCACAGCACCAUGCCUCCUAAACCCAGCGGAAAAGCUGUCAAGAAGUCCGGGAAGGCCCAGAAGGCCAUCCGCAAUCCUGAUGCCAAGAAGAAGAAGAAGAGGAAGGAGUCCUACUCAGUGUACAUCUACAAAGUCCUGAAGCAGGUGCACCCGGACACUGGCGUCUCCUCCAAAGCCAUGGCCAUUAUGAACUCCUUCGUCAAUGACAUCUUCGAGCGGAUUGCCGCGGAAGCUUCGCGUCUGUCGCACUACAACAAGAAGUCCACCAUUACCUCCCGCGAAAUCCAGACAGCGGUGCGCCUCCUGCUGCCCGGAGAACUGGCCAAGCACGCCGUGUCGGAAGGCACCAAGGCCGUGACCAAGUACACCAGCGCUAACAAGUAGAUUCGGCUGUUCCAUCUCCUGAUCUCAUAAUGGUGUAAAGUUGUUUGCCUAUGACUCCAUGAAAGCUUAGUCAUUCUUGUUGGACGUAUUGUACAUACUUUUGAAGUUUUCUCGUCUUCAGUUGAAUCUUUUAAGCAUCGAUUUCUGUUGAAUAAACUGGAAGACAGUAUUUUUCGUUGUUUUUGUCAGCAUUGGUUGAGACAUGCAGUGCCAAAGCUGGUAUUCGCAAGAGAAAUUAAAAAUUGCUGAAGUUUGG